CUGUUAUCAGGUUUAUUUUCAGCAUCACAUAAAGUAACAAGUUUGGAAGUUAUCGCCAAUUUAUUUUAGUGCCUUUUCUUGUACUGCUGCAUAAAGAUGUCUGAAACUGUGUUUGCUGUUAUAACAGUUAGUGAUACCUGCCACCAAGAUGCUACACGCGAUCGCAGUGGCCCUCGCCUUGUAGAACUUAUCAAUGAGAACUUUGAGAAUUUUCGCGUACUGAAGGAAAUACUGCCAGAUGAAAAGGAGUUGAUUAAGCAAAAGCUUUUGCAGUUAUCCUCACCCGAAGUGGCUGUAGCUUGUAUUUUGACUACCGGUGGCACAGGCUUUGCUCCACGUGAUGUUACACCCGAGGCCACCAAAGAAAUGUUGGACAAAGAAUGUCCUCAACUUUCCCUGGCUAUAGGCAUGCAUUCAUUGCAGAAGACCAAGUUUGCUAUUUUAUCACGUGCCAUUUGUGGCAUAGCUGGACGCACUUUAAUAAUAAACUUCCCAGGCAGUGAAAAGGCGGUGACGGAGUGUUUUGAAUACAUCAAGGAUUUGCUGCCUCAUGCCUUACAUUUAAUCAACAAUGAUUUGGAUUUGGUGCGUAAGACUCACGAGCAGCUGCAAAGUCCCAGAGUACCAGGGCCAACUCGUCACGUUUGUCCUCACAAGACGGGCAAAGGCGAUGCCAAUGAUCGCAAUUCUCCUUUUCCCAUGUUGCCUGUCACUGAAACCUUAAAUCUUAUAAUGCAAACUGUGAAACCUCAGGCAACUUUGCCUCAUCUUUUGAAGAAUUUCAAGUCACCAGUUGAUAUACCUCCCUUUAGGGCUUCCAUUAAAGAUGGUUAUGCCAUGAAAUCUUCAGGAUUUUCGGGUACCAAAAAAGUUAUAGGCUUUAUAGCCGCAGGAGAUGCCAUUAUCUCAGAGGACUUUGAGGAAGAUGAAUGUUAUAAAAUCAAUACGGGAGCACCGGUGCCUUUAAAGGCAGACUGUGUCAUACAAGUGGAAGAUACAAAAUUAUUGAAGACCAAAAAGAAUGGUCUAGAAGAUUUGGUGGAGAUUUUAAUAGAACCUACUAAAGAUUUAGAUAUAAGGCCAAUUGGCUGUGAUCUAGCCAAAAAUUCUCCCUUGUUUCCUAGUAUAGAUCUCUCUCCUGUGGUUGUCAAAUCCAUAAUGGCCUCUGUGGGGCAUGCCGUGCCUUUGCAUAAGCCUCUGGUGGCUAUAAUUUCUACAGGCAGCGAGCUGCUAGAUCCUCAGGAUUACCCUGUCGAAGGAAAGAUCUAUGAUUCCAAUACCACCAUGUUAAGACAGCUUUUGCAAUACUUUGGAUUUGAGUGCUACGUAACAAAGGUCUUGUCCGAUAAUUUUGAUGAAAUCACCCAAACAUUAAGCUCCAUUUACGAUGAAGUUGAUUUUGUUAUAUGCAGUGGUGGCGUUUCCAUGGGGGAUAAGGACUACAUUAAGGGAGCCCUAGAGAAAUUAGGUUUUAAUUUGUUGGUGGGACGUGUCAACAUGAAACCAGGCAAGCCUAUGACUUUUGCCGCCAAAGAUGAUAAAUACUUUUUUGGCUUGCCUGGAAAUCCGGUAUCUGCAUUCGUUUGCUUCCACUUGUUUUCUUUGCCUGCCAUAAGAUGGUGCUCUGGCUGGAGUCAAGAGAAAUGCACUUUGCCCAUCAUUCAAGUUACGUUGGAAAAUCAAAGCAUACCAUUGGAUCCACGGCCUGAAUAUAUGCGUGCUGCAAUCACCAGCAGAGAUGGUCAACUUUACGCUUCAAUUACAGGCAAUCAGAUGAGUAGCCGUUUGCAAAGUAUCGUUGGAGCCGAUGUACUUGUGCAUUUUCCAGCACGCAGUGAAAACAAAACUGAAGCCAAAGCUGGUGAUAUAUUGCCAGCCAGUGUAUUGCGUUACGAUUUCAUAACGAAAUAUGAAUGAAAGUUAUUUGCUGUCAUCGUGGCCAAACCACCGCCCAUGAUCGGCACUUGAUCAGCCAAGCAUGGCUGAGGUCUGCCUCCCAACCCCACCCCCCAAAAUGCAAUGAGUAAAACAUCACCAGGGUUUUGUUUUUCUAUAUCUUGUUAAUUAGAUUAAGUUUUAAAAAACAAAAAAGUUAAUCAUGUUCAAUUUAUUGUUCAUUUGAUUGGAAAUUCACAUCAUCAUUUUUCAUCAAAUUAUUAUAAAUGUUAUUACUACAAGAAAUACAAUUUCUUUUUAAGGUUCUUUUCACUUUUUUAUAAACGAAACUUAAGUGUAUGUACAGUAAAAACAGAAAUGAAACAGUUGUUUAAAAGAAAUAGAAAAAAGGGUUGUGGCCAAUUUAUAGAGCUUAGUUGUUGAUAAAACAAAUUAUAUAUAAAAAAAAAAUUAAAAUCAAUCUGUUAAACACAAUACGAUA